CAUGCAGAGGGAGAAAGCAAAGGGGAGGGAGAAAGAGAGAGAGAGGUAGAGCGCCACACACAACGAGGGAACCCCAUCAGCUGGAAGUCGAGUAACAUUACAACUCUCAGCAGCCUCAAAGUACUACAUUACACGGACGAGGCAUUCAUAUCUCCUCUGUGGAUUUAACCCGCAUCGGAUCACGGGGGAUUUUUACCCACUAACGUCAUAAUUUUUCCCUUUUUAUACCACGGAGACUGUUUGCUGCUUUUCUUUUUUUCCCCUUAAAAACUGCUGGUGGUGGGGAGGGGGGGCACCAAACUGGCGAGAGGCGAGCAUGGAGUAUUUCAUGGUACCAACUCAAAAGGUGCCCUCCUUGCAACAUUUCAGGAAAACGGAGAAAGAAGUGAUUGGUGGUCUUUGUAGCCUGGCCAACAUUCCUCUGACCCCAGAAACAGCCCGGGACCAAGAGAGGCGAAUCCGCAGAGAGAUCGCCAACAGCAACGAGCGUCGGCGUAUGCAGAGCAUCAAUGCUGGAUUCCAGUCACUUAAAACACUCAUCCCACACAGCGAUGGAGAGAAACUCAGCAAGGCUGCCAUCCUGCAACAGACGGCAGAGUACAUUUUUACUUUGGAGCAGGAGAAGACACGUUUAUUGCAGCAGAACAGUCAGCUCAAACGAAUCAUACAGGAGUUAAGUGGUUCCUCCCCCAAGAGGAGGCGUGCAGAGGAGAAGGACGAAGGGAUUGGCUCACCAGACAUCCUGGAGGAGGAGAAGACUGAGGACUUAAGAAGGGAGAUGAUCGAGUUGAGACAGCAGCUGGAGAAAGAACGUUCAGCCAGGAUGAAUCUGGAAGAACAGAUGCGGUCCCUGGAUGCCCAGUUGUACCCAGAGAAGCUGAAGGCAAUCACCCAGCAGUUCCAGGAGCAGCAGGCCCAAACGCAGAGCCUUGUCCGUCUGCAGCAGCACAAACAGCUGGAGAGAGACCUCACUCCAGCCCACAGCCCACAGGUUGAAACAUCUGCAUAUCACUGACUGAUAUACUUUAAAGAUGUAUGCUUUUCACUGAUAUAGAAAAAUCCCCUUGUUUCAGUGUUUCAAACAACCUAAUGAAUUUAAACCGUUUUU